UUAACUGCAUAGUUCCUCCUCAAAUUUCUCAAACCUUUGCUUCUGUUUCUUUCUUUCUUCAACCUCUUUGUUUCUUCUUCAGCGCCUACGUGCAUCUGCUAUAAACACAUACCCCUCGAUCGAUAAACCUUAAAUAAAUUUCCUCAAAAGGAAAUUCUUGUUUUCUUGAAAUCCAUCAAGGGUUUUUUUCUUGUUCUUGAUUAAAACAUACAUAAAGAUAAGAUGGUGGAAGAAGGCAGUGUAGUUGUGAAUCAAGGAGGAGAUCAGGAGGUGGUGGAUUUGCCUCCAGGGUUUCGGUUUCACCCAACUGAUGAAGAGAUUAUAACUCACUACCUUAAAGAGAAGGUCUUCAACAUCCGAUUCACAGCUGCGGCGAUCGGUCAAGCCGACCUCAACAAGAACGAGCCAUGGGAUCUACCAAAGAUUGCAAAGAUGGGGGAGAAGGAGUUUUACUUUUUCUGCCAGAGGGAUCGGAAGUAUCCAACCGGGAUGAGGACGAACCGUGCUACUGUGUCCGGUUAUUGGAAGGCGACCGGGAAGGACAAGGAGAUCUUUAGAGGCAAAGGGUGUCUUGUUGGGAUGAAGAAAACACUUGUGUUUUAUAAAGGAAGAGCUCCUAAAGGUGAAAAGACCAAUUGGGUUAUGCAUGAGUAUCGUCUUGAUGGCAAAUAUUCGUACAAUAACCUCCCCAAAACUGCAAGGGAUGAAUGGGUGGUGUGUAGGGUUUUUCACAAGAACGCUCCUACUACUACUAUUAACACCCCAAACCAACUCUCAAGGAUUGAUUCUCUUGACAACAUUGAUCAUCUCUUAGACUUCUCAUCUCUCCCUCCUCUCAUAGAUCCAGGUUUCUUGAGUCAACCCGGCCCAAGCUUCUCUGGUGCCAGCCAUGAACUCAAACCCGUCCUCCACCAUCCUUCAACCGCACUAGUCAACAACACUUACCUCCCUACCCAAACCCUCAAUUUCCCUUACCACUCUGUCCAAAAUUUCAGAUCUGAUUCGGGGUACGGGGCAGGUUCGGACACUAAUAACAAGGGUAUGAUCAAGUUGGAGCAUUCUCUUGUGAGUGCGUCUCAAGAAACCGGUUUAAGUUCCGAUGUGAACACAACUGCGACGCCGGAGAUAUCUUCUUAUCCUCUGAUGAUGAAUCCGGCAACCGAUGGGGCAAUGAUGGAUGGUAGCAAGUCAGCGUGUGAUGAUCUUGAUGACUUGAUCUUUUGGGAAGACUUAUAUACUAAAUAAUAUUGGGAGAAGGUUAUUUAUUAAUUAUGAUUGAAGAGUGUCAUUGAUUACUUGUGUAGGGUUUUAAAUCGUGUAAUUAGUUCGUAUAUAUAUACAUAAGAAGAUUAUUAGGUUUCUUAGGCAUUGGACUUCAGUUAGAUCAUUGGUUACUUAGAUUUUAGUUUGGGGAAAGGGAUGUCAUUGGUGUUAUGCUUCUUUGUGAUUAACUUGUACAUAUAUAAAUAUUUAGAUUAUGCAAAUUAUGUUUACAACCUUAAUGUUUCAAUGCCUA